UCACAGCAAAACCUACAAACACUGCGAGCGAGUUUUAUAAACAUUUUAAACCAAGUUAGUUUUUAAAUAUAUCGUAACGAAGAAUUAUAAGAUGGGAGGAGUUGAAGUGCUGCCGAGGGAGUAUGGAUACGUUGCCUUGAUUCUUGGCUUUGCCGGGAUUUUAAACUUUUGGAUGAGUUUCCAAGUCAACUUCGCUCGCAAAAAGUAUGAUGUUCAGUUGCCUACCAUGUAUGCUCUAGAAUCUGAAAACAAGAACGCCAAGCUCUUCAACUGUGUUCAGAGAGGUCACCAGAACUCAUUGGAGUACCUGCCCAUGUUCUUCAUUUUCAUGACGGUGGGAGGGAUAAAGCAUCCCAUUAUAGCUGCACUGCUGGGCUGCAUUUACGUGGUUGCUCGUUACUUUUAUUUCAUAGGCUAUUCUACUGGCGAUCCCAAAAACCGCCUUACCUAUGGAUUUUAUAAUUUUUUGGCACUGAUGGGGCUUAUUCUCUGCACCAUUUCUUCCGGAGUUGAAUUUCUCCUUGCAUGAAGAAAGCUGCUUGCUCCAUAACUACUAGCCUGUCUACAAGCAACUGCAUGUUUCUUCUCACCUUCUAAACUGUUGUUAUAGUGAUUCUCUUUAUCAUCUUGACAUGAAUGUCAAAUGCACCUUUUUGGUAGAUGUAAACCCUAUGCUCAUAGCAAUUUGAUUAUUGUAAUCUCAGAUUUGCAGCAGCAAUGAGAUUUUGUAUUAUCGUUACAAAUUUAACACCAGUGCUUGAUACUUUUUUCGUAAAUAUAUGUUAUUUUUUUUAAUUC